AUGUCAGACCAGAGCAGCGGCGAGGAUGGGGAGUCAGACCCCCAGCACAGCUUGUAUAUGGUCUUCCUCCUCGUCCUGGUCUUCUUCAUUAUGGGGCUGGUGGGUUUCCUCAUCUGUCACGUCCUGAAGAAGAAGGGUUACCGGUGCCGGACCUUCCGGGACGAGCUCGACCCAGAUACCAAAGAUGUGCUGGCUGAGCUGCAGGCCAGUGAAGAGGAGGAGCUGAACGAGGACACCGUGGAGAAGAUUGUGAGAUGUAUCAUCCAAAAUGAAGCAAACGCAGAGGCCCUCAAGGAGAUGCUGGGGGAUGAUGGGGACAUCCCAGUGCCAGUGCCAGUGCCCAGCCUCUGUCCUCACCGGAACAGCCAGGAUGGGGGUCCCCCACAUCACCACACGGUCCACCUGGGAUCCACCCAGGCUCCCUGCAUCCACUGCACCAAGAGGAAGAGGCACCCCCUGCAUCGGCAAGGACGGUCCAAGGAAGGCAAGGGCAGGAUGCACCCCGGAGAGACCACGGUCUUCUCAGUGGGCAGGUUUCGGGUCACACACAUUGGGAAGAAACCCAGUUCCCAGGAGCAGCAGGAGGGGCCCCUGCCCGAUGGCAGCCGGGAGCCCAGCCUGGAGGAGCUGAGCAGCGAGCGGCUCCAGCGGGACCGGGCACCCAACGGGACUCUCCCUGAUGGCACUCUGCAGAAUGGAGACAUCCAGAAAGGUGCCCCCAGUGGAAAAAGCGAGCGGGAACCCAGCCACUCCACCCCUCCAGCCCCCAAGACCCCUAGCAGCUCCAGCAGAGGGGGCAGCAAAGGCUCCGGGCUGGCAGACUCGCUGCGAGCCGCUGGCACCGCUCCCGGGAGUGGGAGCCACCAGAGGAAGCUCCUGAGAUCCCAUCAAGUGUUGGGAGGGUCGAGUCCCAGCAUCCCCGGAGAGCUGGGGAAGGAAGGAACCAGCAUCUGCUUGGAGGACAUCGGACUGGGCUCGGCAGAUGAAGUUUCGGAUAUUCACGGGAGCCUGAGCCUGCACGAAAAGGUUGAGGAGUUGGGAAGAGAUGAUGGCAGCAGGAAACAGCCCGGAGCAGAGGACGUGGGGCAGAAGGAGCCCAGCAGAGUGCUGCAGGACCCAGGAGCCACCGUGUGACCUCCUCUCUGCUCCGGGUUGGAGUGUGGACUCGUAGGCGUGCGGCCCCCAGUUUCCUCCCCCCUACUCCCCCCAACUCCCAAACUGGGCUGGGGGCUCUGCUGUGGGGUGGCCACGGGGCAACCGGCCCCCAGGGCGAGCAGCUACGCGCUUGGCAUGGCCGGAACGAGGCGCCAGACCUCAUCCCAUCAGCAAUAGGCACCC